CCAAGCGGUAAACAGUACGGAUCUCCUGUACGAGCGCGUUUGUGUGCGUCGCGCGUGUGCGCUACACUCUGAUUAACUCUCCUACCGUCGCAGUGACUGCUGCUUCCAGGACGCAGUAUAGUCUUUUAAAAACUACUUGAAAUCACCGGCAUUUCAACGUCUGGCGAGAGAACAGCGUGCUCCUUACGAAAACACAUUAUCACCAACCUGAAAAACAAAUACCUGUCCAGGAAGAAAGACAGUUGUUUACCAUAAAGAGAAACAAACGACUAAAGACUGAAAACCCUGCGAGUGAAACCACCCCUUUAACAACCGCAAGACCCACCACUGCCGUUCAUAAAGCAACCGGAAACACAACCGCAACUGUCCCCACAGCAUCAACCACCACCAUUGUCCCCACAGCACCAAGCACCUCCAUCACCAGUCCCACAUCCGCCACCACAACCAAAACGGCCCCAACAACAGGCAUGAAUUCAGAGGAAUUCCGUAAGCGAGGGAAGGAGAUGGUGGACUACAUAGCCGACUACCUGGACACCAUCGAAGACAGGCGGGUGACUCCGGCCAUUGAACCCGGGUACUUGAAACACCUAGUGCCUCUCGAGGCUCCACAACACCCGGAAGACUGGGACAUCAUCAUGAAAGACGUUGAGAACAAAAUCAUGCCCGGAGUAACACACUGGCAGCAUCCGAGAUUCCAUGCUUACUUCCCCUCUGGUAACUCUUACCCCAGCAUCCUGGGAGACAUGCUUAGUGAUGGAAUCGGCUGCAUCGGCUUCUCCUGGGCGGCAUCCCCAGCCUGUACCGAACUGGAGACCAUUGUCUUGGACUGGCUCGGUAAGAUGGUGGGACUUCCCGAGGACUUCCUCUCAUUCAGUGAGAACAGCAAAGGUGGCGGAGUCAUACAGGGUUCCGCGUCGGAGUGUGUCUUAGUGUCUCUCCUGGCCGCCCGCGCCCACACCAUACACCAGCUUAAGAAGCAGCAUCCCUUCGUGGAAGAAGGUGUGCUGCUGUCCAAGAUGAUGGCGUACUGCAGCAAGGAAGCUCACUCUUGCGUCGAGAAGGCUGCCAUGAUGGCCUUUGUCAAGCUGAGGAUCCUGGAACCUGACGAGAACCAGAGUCUCAGGGGCUCCACCUUACAGCAGGUGAUGGAAGAGGACCGAGCUUCUGGUCUCGUCCCUUUCUACGUAGAGACCACUCUGGGCACCACCUCUUGCUGUUCCUUCGACAACCUCGCUGAGAUCGGUCCCGUAUGUGAGGAGUUCGGUGUCUGGCUGCAUGUUGAUGGAGCUUACGGAGGAAACUCUUUCAUCUGCCCGGAGUUGAGGGGACCCAUGAAGGGAAUAGAGUACGCAUCGUCGUUCAACUUCAAUCCUAACAAGUUUAUGCUGACUAACUUUGACUGUUCACUUAUGUGGGUGAAGGAUCGAUUCCGUCUGACUCAAGCGCUGGUGGUGGAUCCACUCUACCUUCAGCACUCAUACUCGGAGAAAUCUAUUGAUUACAGGCACUGGGGGAUCCCACUCAGCCGUCGGUUCAGAGCACUCAAGCUAUGGUUUGUGAUCCGCUCCUUCGGUGUUGAGGGACUCCAGAAUUACAUCCGCGAGCACUGCCGCCUCGCAAGGAAGUUUGAGACCCUCGUCAGAAAGGAGCGUAGGUUCGAGUUGGCCAGCCCGGUGAACCUCGGUCUUGUCUGCUUCAGACUGCGAGGUUCUGACCAGCUCAACCAAAAACUCCUCUCUUCUAUCAACGCUUCAGGAAAGCUACACAUGGUGCCAGCCUCCCUCAACGACAAGUAUGUCAUCCGCUUCUGCGUCUGCCGCCAGACUGCUACUGACGAAGAUAUUGAAUAUGCGUGGAACGUUAUCACAGACUUCGCUACAGAUAUACAGGACGAAAUCGAGAAGAUCCAGAUUGAAGAGACUAUUGAAAAUGAGGAAGAACUUGAGAAGAAAGAAGAGAAGAACUUGGAGAUCACAGACGAUGUCUUGCAGAUGCUGGAGGAGAAGAGCAAGAAGAGUCUUCGCUACAAGAGAUCCUUCUUCGUUCGAAUGGUUUCUGAUCCCAAGAUCUACAACCCUAAAAUCGUCAGGAGUCUUCCUUCCACCAGCAAGAGACGCCACACAACGUCAGAAACCACAGAAGAGGAGAACCUCUCCGUUAACUCCCCCACCAUUGACCACGACAACCUGGCGAAGAUGCUGCAGCAGACCAACCUCAAGGAGUUCUUCUCCAAAGUGGAGGCCAAGUACAAGUUCAUCAACAAGACGACCAGCGACCUCUCCGACCGCCUACUGGCCUCCGCCUUUCUCAACAAUGUUAGAAGAGAAGAAGAGCUCAUCCAAUAAAGCUGGCCAGCCAGUUCUAACCUUCCCAGUGUCCCGAUGAUCAUCCCCGUGGCUCGAUCUCAGACUAGGCUUCCUAGUUAUGGGUCCUCGUGUAAUGUGGAUAAGAGAACUCGCGAUGUCAAACUGGGUCGUUAUGUAGCGCUUGUUGCGAGCUUACGUGGCAACUACCUCUAAUAUACUAGAAUGUACAUCUCUUUUUAUACUAUACUUGUGCUAUAUUUAUACGAAAAGUGAAUCGUUUGGGUGUUCAACCAAAAGGAGUUGUGGGCGCCCAUGAUCCUCCGUCCUAUGUUAGCCAGAGACUCGCUACGUAAGUGCACUUGCCGAUCUGUCAGAUUAUUUUAGAACGGUGUUUGGUUAUCUAGUGAGAAAUAUGUCCUCAAGUUUCAUUCUUUCCUCAUCCUUACAGUAGCGGUGAGCAGAGAAACGUAUGUUAUUGUUCAGUGAUAGCCCAGGCGAGCGAGACCUUGGGUAGAGAAAAGGGCAGUAUAGUGAUUAUUGAUGUUUCGCCCUUGUGACUUGAUAAGCCCAAUUAAGGAUAAAGACCUUGUAAGUAGAAUGAAAGUCGCAGUGUGACUGGAUGAGGCUCUCCCUGGAUCCGUAUGUGUAAUCACUUAACUGUGGUUGCAGGGGUCAAGUCAUAGCUCCUAGCCCCUGUGUGUGGGGGGCUAUGUCUAAUCUUUUAACUACUGCCCACUAGAUGGGUAUGAGGGGAAUGAGGCCCACAGCAUGGGUACGUGGUGAUUAACACUUACAGGACAGGCAUGGGGUAAAUAACGCUCACACGAUGGAGUAAAAUAACCAACACAGCUGCCAAACUCUCUUCCGUGGCUGGAACACUUCAAAAACUUCCCAAACUUUGGAAAGGAACAUUUAGAGAACCUUUCAACCAAACUGUCCUCGGUUGCCUGAAGCUUCCACAUCUCACUACCGGAUCCUUUUUUGAUCAGUUUUUGUAAAUCCUGUGUUAGUCAUGUUUCGUGGUGAUGACGGAGGCGAAAAAAAAGUUCACUGUACUACCCAUGGGUCAUCCACCGACCUCCUGAAUAUAUUUCCAGUGAUAUCAUCUACUUGUGUUGCUCUGACCUGUCUGCUGACCAUCCUCUGACCUCACAUGUAAACUGUGAUAUAACUUUUUAAUAAAUGUAUAGUAUUUUGUAUCAUUACUUAAGAUGCUUCAU